AUGUCCAUCCAGGAGUACAACGGCGGUUCGGUCGUCGCCAUGGUCGGCAAGGACUGUGUCGCGAUUGCCUGCGACCUCCGUCUCGGUAACCAGGCCACUGGUAUCGCCAUGAACUUUGAGAAGGUGUUCCCCGUCAACGACACCUUGUACUAUGGCCUCCCCGGUCUUGCGACCGACGUGUACACAUUGCGAGAGCAGCUGCGCUUCCGCGUCAACAUGUACCGCAUGAAGGAGGAGCGCGAGAUCACCCCCGAGACCUUCACUCACCUCCUCUCGUCGACCCUCUACGAGAAGCGCUUUGGCCCUUACUUCCUCGAGCCCGUCAUUGCCGGCAUUGCUCCCCCCACCGCUGCCAACCCCAACCCCCAACCCUACGUCUCGACUCUUGACUCGAUCGGCUGUAUCACCACCCCCAAGGACUUUGCCGUCGCCGGUACUGCCACCGACAAGCUGUACGGUGCCGCCGAGGGCCUCUGGGAGCCUGAUCUUGAGCCCGAGGACCUCUUUGAGACCAUCUCGCAGACCCUCCUGAACGCCGUCGACCGUGAUGCGCUUUCCGGCUGGGGUGCCAUUGUUCACGUCAUCACGAAGGACAAGGUGAUCACCCGCACACUGCGGUCGCGUAUGGACUAA